AUAACUAUUAAAUUUUUUAAUAUAAAAUAAGGUAAGUUUUAAGAUGACAAAUAUUAAUUUUGUUUCAUCAGAAAAAUGUCCUCUUUCAUAUUUAUGUAUUUUUAAUCCUUCACUUGGCAUAACAGAAGGAUCUCUUCAUAAUCAAAUUUUAUUUUUUAUAUCAGAAACAUGCAUUUCAUUAAAUGAUCAGCAGCACAAUAUUGGGUUAAUUCAAGGAAUAAUGGAAUUUUCUUUAAAUUUUAGAAAAAAGGUUUCUAAUGAAUAUAUAGAGUCAAAAAACCAUGUUAUUAUUGUUAUAGAAGUGGAAAAUAGAUGGUAUAUUGCGGCAUCAUUUUUUUCUAAAUUUUUAAGGAAAAACCAUAUAUUCUUUCCUCCUUUCACAGUAUUAUUUAAUUAUUUAUACCAAGCAUAUGAGCAAUAUCGACUAGUAUAUGGAUUAUUAGAUUGUACAUUACAAAAAGAUGGUCGUAAGGUUUUAGAAAGUCAAUUGAAUGAAUGGUGGCAAAAAUGGAUUGGAAAUUUGGAUGUUACAGUUAAUGAUCCAUCAAUUUUAUAUAAUGCAAUUAAUAUGGGUUUUAUUACACCAGACUUAAAAUUAAAGGAAAAAAUAAAUAAAAAUAUAAAUGAUUUAAAAGCAAACAAUGAACGUAUUAUUGAUUUAAUUAUAACAUCAGUUUCACCUAUUUUUGAUUAUCAUAAACAUAAUGAAGGAUGUCUCUACUCAGGUGAUAACACUAUACCAAAGAAUACUAUAAAAAUCUUGCAUAAAUGGGUUCAACAUCAAAUUAAAGAACUUAUUAAUAAAGUUGAUAUAGAAAAAAAGAAUAAUCAAGAUAAUUAUGAAAGCGAUCAAGACGAAAAAGAGAAAACCACUUUAUCAGCAUCAGAUUCCCGUGUUGAUUUUUUGAACAAUACUUCUAAUUCAUCAAUAUCUUUAUGGAGUUAUAUUUCAUCUGUUUUCCUUCGAAAUAAUCUACAUUCUGCUUCAAAAAAACAACCAUGUUUAUAUAAUUAUUGUUCUGAAGAUAAUAAUAUAUUUUUUAAAUAUGAUAAAAGUUUAGGAGAUUUUAUUUAUGGUUUUCUAGAAAACCAUAAUUCUGAUUCUAUACUUUCUGAGAAAAAACUUUAUAUUGGUGAUAUUCAAAUAGAUCAGGAUAUAAAUUCAGUAUCAAAUAGUCCUAAAUCAGCUAAUGACAUCGAUCUUAAAGAAUUGGAUCUAAAUUGUGAAUCUAAUCCUCGAUAUAUACAUGUUUCUGUAUAUUAUUCAUAUCCUUUCGUUUACCUGAUUCUUCUUAAAAGUCAAAAUAUUAAUACAGAGAAUUCAGAAAAAAUAUUUUUUAAAAAUAAGAUAUUCUACACAAAUCUUCAAUGCUGUUUAGAAAAAAUUACAGUAGAUAUUGAAACAUAUUUUACAGAGUCUUUUCAGAAUUUUAAUUCUUUUUUCUGGCAUAUAAUAUUUGAUCCUAAUACACAAGAAUUGUAUACUAAUAUACCAUAUUCAAAAAAAAAUAACGAAACAGAUGAUUUACAACUAGAAAAAUGUCUUUCGACUGAUGAUAUAUUACAUAUACAUUUUUACGCAUUAUCAAUCUUUGAUAAAAUAAAAAACUCAAAAAAUGGUGAUAAAAUAAAAGAUUAUAUUCUAAAAACAUCUAAAAAUUUCUGGGUUUGCUAUUUAAAUCUUAAUCAAAUGCACAUAAUACUCGUCUUAAAAAAAAAUCUACAUAAGGAAAAUCUUAUUCAUACUACUGUUGAAAAUAUUUUUUUACAAGCUGAAAAAUAUCUCUCAAAAUUAUUCAAUAUUUCAUAUACUCACACAUAAAUACUUCUUAUUUACUUAUAAUCUAUCUCUUCAAAACUAUUCAA